UUCUUUCAUCUGAUUUUCCGUAGAAAAAAAGUGACAGUGAAGAGUUCGGGAAAGAUGAAGUAUCUGGACUCGAUGCAAAAAUUGGUCUGUGCUGUUUUAUUUCUGCUGAUUCUCAAUCCCUCGCUGGGGUCCAGUGCUCAAGUAGACAAUGAAAUCGUUUCGACGACGAAAGAUGAUUUCAUUCUCACGGAUACUCUGAGCGAUGGAGAAAUCGAGCGCAGAAUCAAAUUCCGUGGAAUUCUUGCUCUCGAAACUGGCGUUUCUUCAAACGACACUGCUCAGCCGAUCCGAGGGCCGAAAGUGUGGCAAGUGGCCAGUGGGAAAAAGUUCAUCCAACUCAUAUACGACGAUCAAAGUCGACUGGUGGACUGUGAAUACAUGAUCGAUGCGGAAAUGUCGGCGGAAUUCCGUAAACGGUUCAAGGAUGAAACUGAGACCUUUUCGAGUCGAGCCCACUUGGAAGGCAUGAACGUGACGCUGCGGCAUUUGGAAAGCAUUGUCGACAUUGACGACAAUGUCCGAGACUUGGUCAACUACAAACACCUUCGCAGGGCUUGCAAACGACUUCACAAGCGAAUGAAAAGCGCUGCUGCGGGGCUUCGGAAAUCGCAGGUCAAGUCCGAAGGCAAUUCCACGAGUCACGAUGACUUGGAACGGACGUUGGAGCGGAGCAAAAGGGCCAGUUCGAAAUCGACGACGACUUUCGAGGCCCUCAUGCCGGGCACCAAGUGGUGCGGGAGUGGGUCCUCUGCUGGCCAGUGGCAAGACGUGGGUUCCUACUCUGGCGCCGACUUGUGUUGUCGGGAACACGAUCAUUGUCCGUUCAAAGUCAACGGGCUCACGACCAACUACGGAUACUUCAACUUCCGGCUCUUCACCGUCAGUCACUGCGACUGCGAUGAAAGGGUUCGAAGAGACGCGCUGAUGCUCGUUCGCGUGCCGGGCACCCAAUGGUGCGGGGUCGGGUCGCGGACCACCAACGAAAACGAGCUGGGUGGGUUCCAGAGCACCGAUCGGUGUUGUCGCAUUCACGAUCUCCAUUGUCCCUUCUUCAUCAACACACUGACGGAAAAUUACGGACUGUACAAUUGGCGCGCCUACACGUUGAAUCAUUGCGAUUGCGACGAAAGGUUCCGAACGUGCUUGAAGAUGACGAACACGGCAGCAUCCAACAUGGUCGGCAAGAUUUUCUUCAACAUCGUACAAACCAAGUGUUUCGUCCUGAAACCGGAAACAGUCUGCUCCGAACGCUUGUGGUGGGGACGAUGCGUGAAGAGCGAGUUGGAGAAACGCGCGUACAUCCGGGAUCCCUUGAAGUAUUGAAGUGGGUAAAACUCGCGUUCUUGCCUCGCUAUUUGUCUACAUUUUUUGUUUCGUUUUUUUUUUGUGUUUUUUUUCAAUUGUCGGUUCGCUUGCUCAUAUUGUGCCAACAUGAAACAAGGUAUCCCUUAUUCAGCUCGAAACAGAAAGCUGUUUUAGCAAUCAUUGCGUCUGACUCGCUGUAGAAAAGAAAUGUUUGUCCUGGGUUUCAGUAAUGUGAAAUAGUGUGUGUAAUUUUCAAUUGUUAUUUUUGUCCUUCUCGCCCUGUUUUGCUGUCGAAUUUUUUUUUUCUUCGUAUUUUGCCGGCACAAAGCCAUGUUCAGCUCGGGAACAGAAAGUUGUUCUUUGAAUCGUAGCAACUGACUCGCGUUAGGAAAGCUUUUGUUUGUUUUUUAUUUUAUUUUUGGGUUUAUCGCAUAUUGGAACUUUUUUUGUUGGGAAUGUGCGAGUAAAUAGAAGCGGAAGAUGAAUUGUCAGGGUCAUGAAGAAAUUAUUAGAAAAUACUCUUGAAUUAAAAUCUUGAUAUUAGUCUUGUCUUCAUUCGAAUUUCGUGUCAGCUUUUUGAUUCUCAGGAUUUAAUUUUGCACCUUUGCUCCUGUCUGCGUCGUCGGCUUUCUUUGUACUGCAGUUCUUUUUUUUUCAUUUUUGUGCCAAAAUGGACCCAGAUUUCCAUGUUUAGCUCGAAGCAAAAUGCUGCUCUGUUGAUCGCAGCAUUGGACUCGUGCCAGAGAAGCUUUUUAGGAUUUGAUGAUUUUUAAAUUUAUCUGAAAUGUGGUUUUAAAAUCCCGAAGUUUUUUUCUUGGAAUUGUUCUUGUUCUUCAUCGAAAAGUUUUUCUGUCAGUUCAUUAUUGUUGUGCCAAAAUGUAGCCUAAACUAAAUUGGAAGGAAUCCUGUCGAAUCUUGGUGCAGAUAUCUGAUUCUGGGGAAAAAGUCGUUCGAUACGUUUGAGGAGCAUUUUGUUUUGAAAAGUUUGUUUGUUUUUGGCCAUCGUCUGUCUUUUCCAUGAAUUACAGUAGAUUUUUUCCCGUUGUGCCAACGCAAGGAAGAUUCAGCUAUUUGAAAAUUUUUAUUUUAUUUUGGCAUGUGACUAUCGCCCGGAGAGUUUUUCAUUUUUGUGUUUCAUUGAAUGUGCGAUUAUUGCCGUUUUCGAAUUUUGGAGAGGAUUAGUUGAUGAAUUCGACAGUAAGUUUGUUGAAAGGCUAAUAAAUUCAGUAGCGAUGAAUAGCGAAACUUAUCCAAAAUUCAGAGGGCAUAUAGCAGGAAUAAGACAAUUUUGGUUACAGCGAAA